AUCAUGGCAAGCACGCACAACAAAAGUUCCGUGGUGGAUUUCUUGGUUCCUUCCUCUAGAGCAUGGCCCGCCUAGCUGCUUUUCUCGGGUUUCGAGCCAAAGCCUCACACUCUGCGCUGCCCAGCCCACACAUACCCUGACUGGUGCUUUUGUGCAAGCUAAAGCAUUUGGCCUGCUCGGAUGGCCUCACGCUCCGCCCAGAAUGGGUCCGCGGAGAACGGUGACGAGGCGUCCGUGUUGAGCCGAUCGCAGUGGCAGCUCUUGAAGGGCGCUGCUGGGAUCUACUUUUUCUUCAUUUGGUACGGACGGUUGCAAGAGCAGAUCUUCAAAUACAAAUCGCCAUCGGGCCUGAAGUUCAACUCGGUGUGGUUUUUGCAGUUCUUGGAUGCCUUGGUCAACGUUGCCGUGGGUGCCUUGGGCCGUUGCCUUGAAGGGCACACUGCGCUGCCGCAGGUAUUCCUACUAUUCUCUGGUGUCGGACAGGUGCUGGGGAAGUACUGCAUGAGCGCCUCACUGGCUGUGGGCCUAUCUUUUCCUGUGGCGACUAUGGCGAAAUCGGCGAAGAUGGUGCCGGUGAUGAUUGGCUCACUGGUCUUGGGCUCCGCCCGCUUCAGCUCGGCGGAGCUGGGGCAAGCGGCAGCCAUCGUGUCGGGGACAGGACUUGUGUCCUUUGCUGAAGGCAGACACAAGAAGACGGGUGCCAGCACGAAGAUGGGGAUCUUCUUCAUCCUGAGCUCACUCUUCUUUGAUGGUGUGGUCAGUGGCUUGCAGGGACGCCUCAAGGCUCGGUGCAAGACGGAAAAGAAAAAGGCUCGACUGGAGGACGCGGAGUCGAACGGAACCACCUGUUGGAGUCGACCGUCCCACCAGGUUCAUCAUUACGAUCUCAUGUUUUGGACGAAUCUGUACAUGGCUGGGGCAUCCCUGCUCUUUGCCUUGGCGCGCUCGGAGAUGAGGGAGGGGUCGAGGUUCUGUCUGCAAAAUCCGCGGCUGGCGGGAAAGAUCUUGAAGUUUGCCACCUGUGGGGCAUUGGGACAGGCCUGUGUCUUUUACACCAUCGCUCACUUCGACAGUGUGGUGUGCUCGGCCAUCACGACCACUCGGAAGCUCCUCUCGGUCCUCAUCUCGGUCGCCGAAGGUGACGGCCUUCCCUUCUGGGGCUGGGUCGGUGUGGCGAUCUCAUCGGUUGGCAUUGCAGGUCAAGUUGCUGUGGUGGACAAGAAACAGUCCAGUGCUCGAGAGUGAGCGUAACAGCCGCCGCAGGCCCCGACCAAAGCGUCGCGCCGUUCCAAAGGUGAACGCGGAGCCCAGGCCUCGACCCUCCGCGAGCUGCACUUGCUGCAUUCCACGGCAUGUUCCGCCCCCGGGAGUUCACGAGCGGAGUUCACGAGCCGCAUGAGCUCCGACUUCGUGUGCGUCGAAGGCGAGUCGUCGAGGUCGUUUUUGUUCGAGAAAGAAGUCGCUGCUGUAGGUCCGUGCAUGAGAGAUGUCCGCAGGUGUUUCAGCACAAUGCGACGAAAGACCGGG